ACUGAGCUGCUGAGGUGAGGAGCGCGCAGCUGCACGCGCUGACAGACCACGGUGCUUCCUGUCCAUCACUCGCGGCGGUUCUUCAGCUUUUUGUUGUUUUUGCUGCUCUGCAGAAAAGAAGUGUACUUGAUCAUUUGUUUCCUGUCCGAGCCGCUGCUUAUCUAAGAUGAAGGCUGUUACUCCAGUCCGCCCCCAGGACUCCUCCUCCUCCUCCUCCUCCUCCUCCUCCAGCAGCCAGCCCUCCCUGCACUAUCUGUCGAAGCAGAGCCUGAACAUCUCCCGGUGCAGGAUGGAGGAGGAGGACGUGCUGUGCCUGCAGUACGACAUGAACGACUGCUACAGCCGGCUCAAGCGCCUCGUGCCCACCAUCCCGCAGGAUAAGAAGGUCAGCAAAGUGGAGAUCCUCCAGCAUGUCAUAGACUACAUCCUGGACCUGCAGCUGGCCCUGGAGGCGCACCCUUCUCUUCAGAAGCAGCAGCGGACCGGGACCUGCCCCCCUCCAGCCUCCAACCCCGGCAGGACGCCCCUCACGGUGCUCAACAUCGACCACCACCAGAGGACAUCAAUAAUGAAAAAACCAGAGGACUCGAUUUUAUGCCGCUGAGACAUCAGCACUGCACCGGUGUGCACGCUGCGCAGAGACGCUCCAAAGCCAGCAGCAAAGCUUCGCCCGGGACGCACACCCAACUGGAGGCACAAUCACACGGGGAUUGCAAAACCACUGGGAGGAAUGAAACUCAAAUAAAAUCACGUCAUUUAAACUUUUCCCACCUUUUUUUUUUUAAUUCCCACUGAACAAGGACUCAGUGCCGACAUCUUAUGUCAUUUUAUUACUUAUUUCUCAAAAUAAUCGGAGUCCUUCACAAUAAGAAGUUUUUCUCUGACGUUGCUGGAACACCAUUUACGAAAGCGUUUGUGCAUAACUAGAGCAGUUUCAAGCUGUUCUCACCUGCAGCGUUCUGAGCAUCUGCUGGUCCAACAGAUGACCUGCUGCCGUCCCACGUGUCUCAAAUGUUUCAUAAUGUAAAGAACAAUUCUGAUUCGAGACCAUUAAGAUUGUAAAUAUAGAGACAAGCGUUCUAUGUGAAAGGAAGACUUAUAUGCUAAAAAAUGGACUAUUGUAAUUAUAUUUUUUAUCAGAACUUGUUUUUGUUUGUUUGUUUGGUUGCAGUAUGUUGUAAAUAUUGUGUUUCCGCCUCGGUGAAUGAACAUGCUUCUGCUCUAAUGUCCUCACAACAUGAGAUCAACUCCUCACAGUGUUUUUGAACUACGGUAGUUUGAAAUGUAGCAUGUGGGCUCACGGCAGAGGCUGUGGAUGUGAAGCGGCCCUCAGUACGUGGUGGAGCUGCACAGCUUUUGUACUUAUUAACUCCGACAGCUUCGACCUGCUCGGCACCGUGGACUUUUGGAACUUGGCAACAACAACAACAAAAAAAAAAGGAUAGGAGGUGGUUUGAUUUGAUUCUGUGAAGUUGCACUCGUGUUAAAAUGAAGAGGACUUCUGAUUCUGUUCACAGAAAACAAGAAAAAUCAUAAAGUCUGAGUUUGUCCUUGACAAGUUCAUCACUGACACGUGGAAAUCAUUGUUGAAUUACUGUCCGUGCAUUAAACCUCUCUGCAGCGUUAAGGCUGAUCUGAACUUACUUCCCUAUUGAAGGGACAACAGCUAUUAUUAAUGUAAAGAUAAAGCCUUUAAUUUUCACAUUCAACGCCGACUUUACCUCACCGCCCUCCUGCCAGUGCGAGGGGGCACGUGUGCACUGUUGGACUGGACCACUGGCUUGUGAGGAGUUGUCAAAACAAUUAAAAGUUUCCAGGAA